AUGGAGAGUUGUUUCCAGCGCCUCCCCGUUGUUGAGUUUCUCAUCCACUCUGCUCAACACCUCCAAGUUUCACCUAUUGUCAAAUACUCUGCACUCUCCUUCUUAGUCGAUCGCUUCUUUCCCUCUUUACCAACCUUCAUACAAGCUCCUCCAAAUUCUUCUUCAAGCUGCCUAUUGCCACCUCUCUCCGAAGCCACCUUCCACCUGUUUGUGCUUAUUUCUCUUUGGGUUUCUACCAAAAUACACAACUCUCAACCACUCUCCGUUACAUGUCUCAAGUCAUUCGCUCACGCUUCCAUCAAGGAACACCACUUCACUACUCGUAAUUUCCUAGAUGCAGAGGUGCUCUUCAUGCAGGUUUUGAAUUUUGAGAUUGGCACAACAAAUAUUGCUUUUUUCUUCCUUGAAGAUCUUUGGGUUCAGUUCAAGGAAGUGGCCAAAGUUGGUGAAUUGAUUAGCAUGGAGAUUUGCAUGGAUAUUAUGGAUCUUCUCUAUGAAGAAGAGGAUAUGUCGAUUCAUUUUAAGUCUCCUAAAUCCCUUGCUGCGUCAAUCUUGGUUACGUCAUAUGUAAUCAAGGUCCCUAGACAGAAAUGGGAGUUUCCAGUUCUUGCGUGGGGUAAGAAAGUGCAUCUGGUAAAUUUUGUGACCUCAUGUAAGGUAGAUGAUAUCAUAAGAUUGGUGACCAAGAUUCUCAAGCAUGUUCUUGGUCCUUCUUGA